AAUUUGUAGGAUUGAUUUAUAUAUUUAAUUAUUUGGCAAGCAUUAAGCAUGAACGAACAAUCAUUGAACCUAGGAAAGCUAACGCGCUCUUUAGCCUACACCUUGCACCAAGAUUAUGUCCAGCUUGUGAUGAAGUUUCAGAAUAGUUCAUCUAGCUCGUCCCAUCUUACUGAAGGAGAUGAUAAUACAAGAAGGAGAGAAUUGAUAGAAUGGGCAAAAGAAAAGAAUACACUUAUAAGUCAGUUCAGAAAUUUGCUCAGAGUUCCAUAUGACAUAAAUGUCUAUGAGACUAUUAAUGUUAUCAACUCCCAAAUGUUCCAAAGAAGAGUCCAUGUGACAAACAUUGUGGGACAAUUAAAAGAUUUGGCAGUCUCGCUAAAUCAUCUAAAAGUUCCUAUCUAUGCUGUAGAGGAAGCCCUGUACUUUAUGAAGCAAGAAAAGAAAAAGAUUGAUUACUUCAAGCUUGACUACAUUCUCAAAGCUAAAAAUAAUAAUGACCCAGAUUAUCAAGCUUUUGAAAAAUUGGUGAAAGAGGAUACCCCAGCUAUCUUAGAGGCUGAUACUGAGAUUACUACCACCGGAUUUUUUGAAAAUAUUUCCUUCUGCAUUACGAAUUACUUUGAUGACCACCACUAUAAAGGAGAGAAGGCAAUCUGUCAGAUAGGAAAACUAGCUGAGAUAGAACUCCUAUAUUUCCCGAAAAGACCAAUCAAAUUUGUAAUGCUCAAAAUUUCAUUGCUGAAAAGCUUAGAUAUUUUCACUGUCUGGGAAGACGGAAAGGAACACAAAAACCGAUUAAAUUAUGACUUACAUCUCUUGACCCGAAAAAUAAAUCAAAAGAUAACUGAAGAGUUUUCUCCGAAUACCCAGAAAGAGAUAAAAACUAUUCUCCCUGACACGAUCAGAGAUUUUGAAAUUUACGAAGAGCACGAGGAUGAGCACCGUCAAUUAUCGAAGAUCAUGUUCUAUGUCAAGCAUUACCUAAGAUCAUUAAUUUUUCAGGCGGUAAACCUUACACUUGAGGCUCAACUAGAAGAAGAGGAAAUUUCCUACAACGUCGCGAAAAGAAUAACCAAGGUCCAGAAUUAUUCUACAAAUACAACAGUUUAUGUAUCCACUAAGUUUAACAUACCUGUUUUCAAGAGAAGGGCUAGACAUGGAUUUACCAAAGGCAAAAUCCCUCCCAAUUUUCUCAGACUCGAGAUAGAAAACACUGUGAAUAAACACUCAGAGCUUAGUCAACAAGUCUUUGCAGAACUUCAGAUCAGAAUUGAUGGAUAUUACCAUGACCCUAUUCUUAGAGUGGACACUCCCUUCAAGUUCAUCGACUCUGUCCUUGAAAUUGAUUCACCUGGAAUAGACAUCAUUAUGCAUGAUGACGAAGAAGAUGGAUAUAGAGAGUUAGAACCGAAGAAUAUCAGCUGGAAAGGAAGCGUAAUCUUAAAUCUCUCAAGAAAAGAAACCAACCCGAGGGAUAUUAUUAGUAUUGUCUUGGAAAAAGCUCGUCAGACAAAUCUUUACUUAUUUGCUUCUAAAAUUCAAAAACAAUGUAAGAUCCUAGACCCCACCGGAGAGAUUGUUAAGAUGAAACUUGAAUACCUCAAAGAUGAGGAUUCCUCUGGUAAAUCCGAUUACAAAAUAAGAGCAAGACUGAUGAUUUAUGACUGCUUAUCUGUCCAUUUUGAUUGAAGACAAAACACAGGCAAGCUGUAUAUUUCUGAUUCAGACUUCCUGAAAUCUGAACAAAUAGAUAUUUUAAACAACUUUAUCCAUCUGCUUGAGUUCAAAUAUAUCGAGAUCAAAACUUUAGCUCAAAUCCUUUGAACUGAGUACUUCUGUGCAGAAUUCUGUAGAGAACUGAAGAAAUACUUCCUCCACGUUGUGAAAUCAGAUAGAAUGAUCUACCAUUUCUCUAUCAAGAAAGCAAAAUGAAUGCAUAUCCAAAGGACUAAGAACGACAUCUGGGAUAUUGCAAAGACUAACCUAAACCUCAGCCAUGCCAUUGUUAGUAAACUUAAAGGAGGAUUUUAUGGAAACCAUCUGUACGUCCUUCUAUCUCCUUUUGAUAGCAUGGUGAGCUUGCCCAUUUUUAACCCAUCUUCGAUAAUAAAAGCUGACAAAACAUACAAUUUUAUAACUAUUGAGAUUCCUUGUGAUUUCUUACAAAAAGAAGAUCCCAGAAAGAAUCAGUUCCCCACCUUGCCUUCCAAGAUAAGUGAUGUAGAACUAAAGUUCUUCUACGGAAGAAUCAUCGACCAGGAGGAGGCGCAGCUAGAGGAAUUAUCUAACCUCAUCUGUGUAGACAAUGACUUGCAUCUACAGCCAAAUGACACCUUCAUAGAUGGAGUAGGAGCUUCUAGAACGAUAAGGAACUUUGUAAAAGAACUUGUCCUGUAUUAUAAGACUAGUGACCAGAUAAAGUCAAACUAUACCUUAUUUAGCAAGAUCAGCCAGGAUAUCAUCUUUGAUCAAGUUAACAAGAGGCUUCUUAUCAAAAGCUUUAACUUUGAUCUGAGCAAUGAGUUCAAGCCAUUAAAAAUGUUCAAUGAGCAUUUUAAACCCUCAAUGCUCGAAAUUAGAAAUUCUUGUAAAACUUGGAUUUUUGAUGUUAACAAUGAGAGAACUAUUGAUUUAAUGAGAUAUAUGCAUAAGAAGCUUGGCAUAGACUACUUCAAAAACUUCUUGAUGGAUGUCGAUGUAUCGGUAGUAAUAGACCUGAAAUGCUACCAGAUUAUCAUCACAUAUGAGAGAUCAACAAAAUAUAAAGGAUUCAUCGAGCUAGCCAGGCAGGUUUCCAAGAUCUUUGACAUACUCCUAUACCUCGAGGUUCAAAAGAAUGAUAAAAUGUUCAGCUUCCUUAGACACUACAGAAAUAAGUCAACUAAGGAGUUCCUUGUGUUCCAGAUUCCUUUAGGCAAAGAGAACCAUAUUAACACUAAGAUAAAAUCAGUGAGUUUUGUCCUCACAUACAACGAGAAGAACUUGCUACAGCAGCACAAGAUGGACGCACAGGCUAGCUCUUCGUUAAACGUGCAAAUAUCUCCAAAUUUCUCUCAAUCCUUCCUCCUCUGCACUCUCAAGAAGGAUAUUUCAGACAUUGGGUCCAUCCUAAACUCCCUUGAGAGCUCAGUAGACUCUCUAGUAGAAUUCAACGAGUAUAUCCUUGGAAGGAUUCUCUAUCCAAGUAUUAUUGACGGAGAAGAGAAGUACAACGUAACAUUUGUGACCAGGACGAAAGAAGAGCUCACCAUUUACUACAGGGAUUUCUUCGCUCUUGACAUUCUUUUCCCUCGUGAAGGGAGAAGAUUCAUUUUCCAAUUCCAAAUUUACGAUAAGGCUCAAUCAGUCUUCUACUGUGAUCCUGCAGAUUUGGCGUACCAUAUCCUGCCAAUUCCUAGAUUUCAUUCUGUGAUUAAAAAGAAGAUAGAAAAGGAGCUUUUAGGUAGAGAGUACGAUAGCAAUAGGGAGAAUUACCUUUCAAAUGACAGCCAGUGUAUUGAUUUCAAGACAAACUCAGUCAGAGAGUUCCAUUCUUGUUUUAAAAUAAUCUUUGAUUACCUUGGAUGCCUUUAUAUUAUCAGAAAUCUUCAGAACGAGAACUUCAGAUACCAAACUCUUGAAAUGGAAAGAGUGCCAGAUUGAGAGACCUUCGAGCUUAGUAGCUCUGGAUCUUCCAGAUUUGACAACCCCAACUUCGGAAGAUUCAUUGAAAGUAUUAAGGUCUACAUCGUGCAUGGUGAUCCUCCAGAUAAUAGCUAUGUCAUGAUUAAAUCUGACGAGCAAAACAUGGAAAUUAGUCUUGCAGAAGAAGUUAAAAAUCAUUUAGUAGAGCGUCGGCAAAAUUGAUCAUACCUAAAGUUUGAACUCACUCUUCCUAGUCAAGAGUAUGAAAAUUCUACCUUGCAAACUAACCUGAAGAAUGUUUUUGAAGAGUUCUUUGACAAGAAGGUCAGACAUAAGUUCUAUUGAUGGAAAUAUAUUAGAGGAUUCAUCUUCAUCUUCACCACUCCAAUAUUUAAAUUUUUCAAACCAUAUGAGCUAUUGAAUAUUGAGCUGAGACAAUCGGAAGGAGGCCAUAUCCAAAUGAUUAAGCAGAAAGAAGCACUCCAGAGGCUUUUAGACCAAAAAUGACUUAACUUAGAAGUCCUAUUACAAAGUUUGGUUGUUAAGAAAAAUGAUCUUCUUAGCCCAGAUGUUGAACUUACCAUCCGUCUUCAUGAUAAAAAGACAAAGAAGCAUGUUGAUCUUAUACUAGUAAGCAAGAACAAGUUCGAUCAAUGAUACAUUUGUAACAGAAGAUGCCAAGACAACAACCCCUUGUAUGAGAUCUUCAAAUACAUGACAAUGAGUAUUGAAAAUAUUGAAAAGAUCAUUGCUGAACCUGCUGAUAACAGAGCUUAAUUUAUUUCUAAGGUCAACAAUUUAUCCAAGUGUA